AUGUCUCCCCGUCAGUCUUUCCCUAAGACUGAGAUGGGUCCCCAGGUGCUACGGCAGCCUCUGGCUCCCUCACCACCUCCCAGCAGUCGUAUGCGCCUCCAUCAUGAUCGAGGAGGGGACAGUGAGGGGCCCACUUGGGACGAUUGUCAGCAGCUCUUCCAGACUCUCCUCACCACGGAGGAACGGCAGCGGGUGUUCCUAGAGGCUCGCAAAAAUGUUCCAGGAAAAGAUGGCAGACCGACGCAGUUGCCUAAUGAGAUCGAUGAAGUGUUCCCGUUAACCCGCCCUGAUUGGGACUUCAAUACCACAGCUGGACAGUCAGGGCCAGGAGCCCCCCCCCCCCAGCCCCGGAUAAUCCUUCGAGUGGGGGGCCAACCAGUAACCUUCCUGGUUGACACCGGUGCCCAACAUUCGGUCCUAACCCAAUCAAGAGGUCCCUUGAGUUCUAAGACGUCCUGGGUGCAGGGGGCCACAGGAGGAAAACUGUACCGAUGGACAACUGAGCGAAAAGUACACCUUGGGACGGGGUUGGUCACUCACUCAUUCCUCCUAGUUCCAGACUGCCCCUAUCCAUUGUUGGGGAGAGACCUCCUCUCAAAAGUAGGAGCCCAGAUUUACUUCCAAGAGAAAGGGGCCUCCAUUAAGGGACCCCAAGGGCAGCCCCUCCAAGUCCUAACUCUGCGCCUGGAGGAUGAACAUCGAUUACAAGAAAGCCCUCAGUCAGCCCAGACCGACCCCCAAUGGUUAUCAGAUUUUCCCCAGGAUUGGGCGGAGACUGCGGGAAUGGGACUGGCUGUGAACCAGCCUCUCAUGAUCAUUGGACUUAAGCCUUUGGCUACCCUGGUGAUGAUACGUCAGUAUCCACUAAGCAGGGAAGCCAAAAAAGGAAUUAGGCCACAUAUACAAAGACUGCUACAAUUGGGCAUCCUAAAACCAUGCCAAUCCCCAUGGAACACCCCCUUAUUGCCCAUCAUAAAGCCUGGGACGGGGGACUACCAUCCGGUACAGGACUUAAGAGAAGUAAACAAGAGGACAGAGGAUAUACAUCCUACAGUGCCCAAUCCCUACAACUUGCUAAGUACGCUGCCCCCAAGCCACACAUGGUAUACAGUGCUAGAUUUAAAAGAUGCUUUCUUCUGCAUAAGACUAAGCCCUCAGAGUCAGCCAAUCUUUGCUCUUGAAUGGAAAGAUCCAGAAUCAGGUUUUUCAGGACAGCUCACAUGGACAAGAUUACCGCAAGGAUUCAAAAACUCCCCGACCCUGUUUGACGAGGCUCUACAUCAGGACCUGGCUGAUUUCAGAGUCAGCCAUCCUCAGUUCGCUCUUCUGCUGUAUGUAGAUGACCUGCUCCUAGCAGCCGAGACUCGAGAAGACUGUCUAAAAGGUACCUGUUAAAAAGGCUAGGGGAAUUAGGGUAUAAGGCCUCAGCUAAAAAGGCCCAAAUUUGUGUCAGACAAGUGACCUACCUGGGCUAUAAGCUGGAAGGAGGACAGAGGUGGCUAACAGAGGGUCGUAAACAAGCCAUCACCCAGAUCCUGCCGCCCACAAGUGCACGGGCCCUGAGGGAGUUCUUGGGAAGUGCUGGAUUUUGUCGCUUAUGGAUACCAGGAUUUGCUGAGCUGGCAGCCCCUCUGUAUCCCCUUACCAAGGCCAAUGCCCCAUUCCGGUGGGAAAAAGAACAACAGGCCUUCGAUCGAAUUAAAAAAGCCUUAUUGAGAUUGGGGAUUUAGCUCAGUGGUAGAGCACUUGCCUAGCAAGCGCAAGGCCCUGGGUUCGAUCCUCAGCUAAAAAAAAAAAAGGCCUUAUUAUCAGCUCCGGCUUUGGGCCUCCCAGAUGUGACCAGGCCAUUCACUUUAUAUGUAGAUGAACGACAGGGAAUUGCAAAAGGAGUUUUAACCCAAAAAUUAGGGCCCUGGAAAAGACCGGUGGCCUACUUUUCAAAGAAACUGGACAAUGUGGCGGCCGGAUGGCCCCCAUGUCUCUGUAUCAUUACAGCUGUGGCCAUAUUGGUAAAAGACUCUGAUAAGCUAACCUUGGGACAGCCCUUGACAGUGAUGGCCCCCCAUGCCAUAGAGACAGUUACUUGCCAGCCCCCUGACCGAUGGCUUUCAAAUGCCCGGAUCACCCAUUACCAGACGAUGCUAUUAAAUCCCGACUGGAUUCGGUUCGGGGCUGCAGUCUCUCAACCCAGCGACUCUGCUUCCGGACUCGGACUCUCACCUCUCCAUCGAACAUGAUUGUCAUCAAAUCCUGGCAGAAGUGCACGGGACCCAUGAGGACUUGACUGACCAACCUCUGCCAGAUGCUGAACACACCUGGUACAUGGAUGGGAGCAGUUUCCUGCAUAACGGUGAGCAAAAGGCAGGGGCAGCAGUAGUAGAUGGGACCACAGUCAUCUGGGCGUCGGCCCUAGAGCCUGGAACCUCAGCACAGAGGGCCGAACUCAUCGCCCUGACGCAGGCAUUGACAAAGGCCCAUGGAAAAAAAAGUCAACAUUUACACAGACAGCCAGUAUGCUUUUGCUACUGCGCAUGUCCAUGGAGAGAUUUAUCGAAGGCGGGGCCUGUUAACCUCGGCGGAAAAAGAUAUUAAAAACAACAACAACAAAAAAAUCCUAGACCUCCUACAGGCGCUCUUCCUACCUAAAAAGGUGAGCAUCAUCCAUCGUCCGGGUCCCCAGGUGGGGAGGGACCCUGUAGCGGUGGGAAACAGCAUGGCGGAUGAAACUGCUAGGACAACAGCCUUACAAAACCAAACCCUUGCCUUAACCACACCCCAGGAAGGGCAGCCCAGCAAACAGCCUCUUCCAGUAUUCAGAUCAGGACAUAGAGACGGCCAAAAAGUUAAAGGCAACCUUUAACAACUCGUCCGGAACUUGGGAAUACAAAAAUAAAACUAUACUGCCCCAAAAGGAUGCAAGGAGACUGGUCACUUACCUGCACAGGUGGACUCACUUGGGUUAUAAAAAGCUAGAGACUCUUUUACAGAGAGAGGAACAGUUUCAUUACAUUCCAGAUUUAUCGGGCAUAAUUAAACAGGUUGUAGACUCUUGUGUUCCCUGUGCCAAGGUCAAUGCAGGUCGGUUCCAGGCACCCGCUGGAGUCAGGAUGAGAGGAGAACGACCCAGCACCAAUUGGGAGAUCGAUUUCACCGAGAUCAGGCCUGGCAAAUACGGAGUUAAAUAUCUCCUAGUCUUUGUAGAUACUUUCUCUGGCUGGACAGAAGCCUUCCCCACCAAACAAGAGACAGCACAGUGGCAGUCAAGAAGAUUUUAAAAGAGAUUUUUCCUCAAUUUGGGCUCCCUAAGGUAAUAGGGUCAGAUAAUGGCCCUGCUUUCGUCUCCCAGGUAAGUCAGAUGGUGGCCAAGCUUUUGGAGAUAGAUUGAAAAUUACAUUACACUUACAGACCCCAAAGUUCAGGACAGGUAGAGUGGAUGAACAGAAUGAUUAAAGAGAAAUUAGCCCUAGAAACUGACACUAAAGACUGGGUCCAACUCCUUCCCACGGCCCUGUUUAGAGCUCGAAACACUCCAGUGAGCCAUGGACUGACUCCCUACGAAAUCCUAUAUGGAGGACCCCCUCCUAUAGCAGAUUUCCUUGACCCUGCCAUUGAUUCCCAAAGUUUGCAGGCAUGGCUUCGAGCCCUACAACUCAUCCAGAGACUGGUGUGGAAGCCCUUGGCUGCCGUCUAUACAGUUGGGAGCUCCACUGUCCCACACCCCUUCCAGAUCAGCAAUGAAGUGUACGUGAGAAGACACCAAUCCAGGACCCUCGAGCCUCGUUGGAAGGGCCCAUACACUGUGCUGCUGACCACCCCCACGGCAGUAAAGGUCGAUGGCAUCGCUGCCUGGAUCCAUGCCUCCCAUCUUAAGCCAGCACCCCAGCCGGGACCCGACUGGAAAUUGGAAAAGACUAGUAAUCCCCUUAAACUUCAUGUCUGCUGAACUGGUAUUGUUUCUCCUACUGGUACUCUGACCCUGUAACCUAGGAGCUAGCUCAGCAGCUAAUCCACACUCCCCCCAACAUCUGGUUAGGGAAGUCAGCACUGCUACUGGACAGGUCGUCUGGUUAACUGAAGGUGACCACACCCCUGGAACCUGGUGGCCCACCGUGACACCUGACCUGUGCCAACUAUUCAUGGGGCUGGACACCUGGGAUAUCCCAGAACAAGAAAACCCAAACAAUUUACAAUGGAGAGUAAAAAUAGUCCCUCUCCCUUGGUAUGGAUGCUCGAACCCACAGGCCCGCGCCGAACUCCAUGGUCUGGAGUUCUACGUCUGUCCUAGAGAUAGGAGAAGUAGAAAACAAGUUCUAAAAUGUGGAGGGCCUGAGUCCCUAUACUGUGCCAAAUGGGGAUGUGAGACUACCGGGGAUGCCUACUGGGGACCAUCUUCCAGUCAUGAUUGGAUUCAGGUCAAAAGGGCUCUGUGGCAGACUGCUCAAAACAGGCUCUCUGCAACCCCUUGUCCAUCAUCUUUACAGAACCAGGAAAAUAGGUUGAAAAUCUAGCCCAGAGACAAAAAGGUCAGACUUGGGGGUUACGCCUCUACAAGGAGGGAAAUGAUGAUGGCCUUUGGUUUAAGAUUACCCUCCGCCUAAAACCCCUAUCUCAUCCAAUGAUGAUAGGACCAAACCCUGUCCUUCGUCCCAGUCCUCGGGUACCCCAAGCCCUGCCACCCAAGAAUAUAACCACAACCCACACCCCCGUAACUUCAGGGGGCCACCCUCCCCCUCCAUCAACAACCAUGGGGACGCCCCUGAUGUCCCCCUUAUACAACCUGAUUAAGGGAGCCUUCUCUGCCCUUAACUCCACCAAAAGGGACCUCACUCGGUCCUGUUGGCUCUGCCUUUCUGAGGGACCCCCUUAUUAUGAGGUACCUACAAUGGUACCUACAACAACACUGACUCAUGCUCCUGGGGAAGACAGGGUGCCAGCAAACUAACUUUAUCUGAGGUAUCAGGACAGGGACUAUGUCUUGGUACACCACCCCCUGAAAAGAGUCAGCUCUGUGCCCGCACAGAAAAGGUUACAGCUAUUACAGGCAAAUAUUUAGCACCCUCAGACGGGGGAUGGUGGCCUUGUAACACUGGUUUAACACCUUGUAUCUCACCAACGCUGAUAAACCAGACUGGUUUCUAUGUUCUAGUGCAUCUGUACCCUCGGGUUAUAUACCAUGACUCCUCAUCUUUUGAAGAACAGAUGGAAGGCCUGACCCACCGAUACAAAAGGGAACCCGUCACCAUGACCUUAGCCGUCCUCAUGGGACUGGGAACAGUA